GCUACGUCUCUCAGGCUCCAUCGCAGUAUAAGCUGCAAGCCAGUUAUAACAUAUUAACGCAGUCCCAUUUCCAGUUUCCAAUCCUUGUGCACAACUGGAUCAACAUUCUUAUUCUUUUCACAGUUUGAGGAUUGCGGGAACAUGAGCAAUUCGAUAGGGAAUAACUUCCUGCAUCAGAGUUUGCUUUCUCCAACAGUAUUGGAGCAUCAGGGUCGAAUCAAUUCUUCAAGUUGCCCUGGGGGAAAUACUCUUUUCCAGCCUCAAGCAAAUUCACUAACACACAGAUCAUGUAUAUCAACUGCUCUUCGUGGUAAUAGAUUGAGAAUUCAGAAAAAUAAAUUACUAAUGGGAAAGCAGCGUGCCGUUUCAAGAUGGCCUCAGGCUGUUUUGGCUGCUGAUGCAUCUGCUGAAGUGUGGCACGCAGAGAAGUUCCACCUUGAGGGGAAUACUGAAUUACAGGUGGAUGUUAGACCUCCCACUUCGGGAUCUGGAUCACUAGUAAAUAUUGUAGUUACAAGUAGUAGUGACAGCCUACUUCUCCACUGGGGAGCAAUAAAAGGUCAAAAAGAUAACUGGAUACUUCCACAACAUCGUCCAGUUGGAUCUAUGGUGUAUAAGAGCAAAGCACUCAGGAGUCCUUUUACGAAAUCCGGCUCAAAUGCCAUCCUGAGGAUAGAGAUUGAAGAUCCUGGAGUACAAGCUCUAGAGUUUCUUAUCUUCGAUGAGGCCCAGAAUAAAUGGUAUAAGAAAAGUGGAGGGAACUUUCAUGUUAAAUUGCCCGUUAGAGAAUCCCGGACCUCAAAUGUAUCAGUUCCUGAGGAUCUUGUGCAAAUUCAAGCAUAUUUGAGGUGGGAGAAGAAGGGGAAACAGAUUUACACCCCUAAACAAGAGGAGGAGGAGUAUGAGUCAGCUCGAAUGGAUCUGUUGGAAGAAAUAGCUAGAGGUACUUCGAUACAGGACCUUCAAAGAAAGUUGACAAGCAAAGAUGAUACAAGUGACAGUAAACAGCAACUUGUCUCUGGAUCAAAGAACAAAAUACCUGAUGAUCUUGUUGGAGUACAAGCACAUAUAAGAUGGGAAAACGCAGGAAAACCAACCUAUUCUCAGGAAGAGCAACUUAAACAAUUUGAGGAAGCAAGAAAGGAGUUGCAACUUGAACUAGAGGAGGGUGCUUCUCUUGAUGAAAUACAGAAAAGGAUAACCAAGGGAGAGAUAGAGACUAAGAUUGCUAAGCAAGCAGGUAGAAAAAGUUAUUCCGCCGUCAAAAGAAUUCAGCGAAAAAAGAGGGAUGUGAUGCAGCUUCUGAGUAAGUUUACUUCCAGGCCGGUCGAAGAAAAUAUAUCCUCAGAACCAGAAGUUCUCUCUGCAAUUCAACAGUACGAGAGGGCAAUAGAAGAUCAUAUUGAUGGUCCUAUUGUGAAGAAACAAACUUAUAGCUUAGCUGAUAAGAAACUUCUGGUACUUGUAGCAAAGCCCUCUGGCAUGACAAAAGUUUAUUUGGCUACUGAUCUUCCGGAGCCUGUUGUUCUUCAUUGGGCUUUGUCGAACAGACCUGGAGAAUGGGCAGCACCUCCUUCAAAUGCGUUGUCCCCUGAUUCAGUUUAUUUAGACAAUGCUGUUGAAACAAAAUUUGCUGCCAGUUCCUUUGAUGACCAAUCUUACAAGGUCCAAUCAUUAGAAGUCACAAUUGAAGAUGACGGCUUCGUGGGAAUGCCCUUUGUUCUCUUGUGUGGUGGGAACUGGGUAAAGAACAAAGGGUCAGACUUUUAUGUUGAGUUUAACCCUGAAUCAGUAGUGGUGGUUCAAAAGAAGGGAACUUUGGAUGCAAAAGGAACAUCAAAAGUCUUGUUAGAUAAGAUAGCAGAGUUGGAAAGUGAAGCACAGAAGUCCUUUAUGCAUCGAUUUAAUAUUGCAGCAGACUUGAUGGAGCAAGCAACUAAUGCUGGUGAACGGGGUCUUGCUGCAAUUCUUGUGUGGAUGAGAUACAUGGCCACAAGACAACUGAUAUGGAACAAAAAUUAUAAUGUAAAGCCACGUGAGAUAAGCAAAGCACAGGACAGGCUUAUAGACUUGGUACAGAAUGUCUACAGAAGUCGUCCACAUUAUCGGGAAAUCUUACGUAUGAUUAUGUCAACUGUUGGUCGUGGGGGUGAUGGAGAUGUGGGGCAGCGGAUAAGGGAUGAAAUACUAGUCAUUCAGAGGAAAAAUGACUGCAAGGGCGGAAUGAUGGAGGAAUGGCAUCAAAAACUACAUAAUAAUACCAGUCCCGAUGAUGUUGUAAUCUGUCAGGCACUGAUUGAGUAUAUCAAGAGCGACCUGGAUAUUAGUAUUUAUUGGAAGACCUUAAACGAAAAUGGCAUAACCAAAGAGCGCCUUCUUAGUUAUGACCGUGCAAUCCGCAAUGAGCCAAAUUUUAGGAGAGAUCAAAAGGAUGGACUUUUGCGUGAUCUUGGAAAUUACAUGAGGACGUUGAAGGCAGUUCAUUCAGGGGCGGAUCUUGAGUCUGCUGUUGCAAAUUGCAUGGGCUACAAGGACGAGGGAGAAGGCUUCAUGGUUGGGGUGCAUAUUACUCCAAUACCUGGCUUGCCAUCAGGAUUUCAGGAGCUAAUUCGAUAUGUGCUAUUACACAUUGAAGAUAAAAAUGUAGAAGCUCUUCUUGAGGGAUUGCUAGAGGCUCGUGAGGAGCUUAGACCAUCGAUCAACCAACCUAAAGACCGCCUUAAGGAUCUUAUAUUCCUAGACAUUGCCCUCGAUUCUACUGUUAGGACAACAGUGGAAAGGGGAUAUGAAGAAUUGAGUAAUGCCAGCCCUGAGAAAAUCAUGUAUUUCAUCUCUCUUGUUGUUGAGAACCUUGCUCUUUCAGUGGACAACAAUGAAGAUCUCAUUUGUUGCUUAAAGGGAUGGAAUCUAGCUCUAAGCAUGUUGAAGAACGGGAAUGAUCACUGGGCAUUGUUUGCUAAAUCAGUCCUUGACAGAACUCGACUUGCACUUGCAAGCAAGGCAGAGUCAUACCAUCAACUAAUGCAACCAUCUGCUGAGUAUCUUGGUGCAUUGCUCGGAGUUGAUCAGUGGGCCGUCAAUAUAUUUACAGAAGAAAUGAUUCGGGCUGGAUCAGCUGCUUCAUUAUCCUCCCUUCUUAAUCGACUCGACCCCGUUCUUCGGCAAACUGCACAUCUAGGAAGUUGGCAGGUCAUCAGCCCAGUUGAAGCCAUAGGAUAUGUUGUUGUAGUUGAUGAGUUGCUUUCUGUUCAGAAUAAAUCUUACUCAAAACCAACAAUUUUGGUGGCUAAAUCUGUUAAAGGGGAAGAAGAAAUUCCUGAUGGUGCUGUUGCAGUGCUGACACCAGACAUGCCUGAUGUUCUGUCCCAUGUUUCUGUUCGAGCAAGGAACAGUAAGGUUUGUUUCGCAACAUGCUUUGAUUACAAUAUAUUGGGUGAGAUUCAAGCAAAUGAAGGAAAGUUAUUGCAGUUAAAACCUACCUCUGCAGAUGUGGCAUAUAGCAUGAUGAAUGAGGAUGAGCUAGCAACUGCAAAUGACUCUAAAGAAGUUCCGGCUGCACCAUCUGUGACCUUGGUCAGAAAGCAGUUUUCUGGCAGAUAUGCAAUAUCAUCUGAGGAAUUUACUAGCGAAAUGGUUGGAGCCAAAUCACGUAAUAUUGCACACCUUAAAGGGAAAGUCCCAUCUUGGGUUAACAUCCCAACUUCUGUUGCCUUGCCAUUUGGUGUUUUUGAAACAGUCCUUUCGGAUGAUCUAAACCAGGUAGUGGCAGACAAGUUGCAAAUACUGAAGAGAAAGUUAGAUGAAGGAGAUUUCAGUGCGCUUGGAGAAAUUCGGAGCUCAGUUUUAGAGCUUUCAGCUCCACCACAGUUGGUCAAAGAGCUCAAAGAGAAGAUGGAAAGAUCUGGCAUGCCUUGGCCCGGUGACGAAGGCUCACAGAGAUGGGAACAAGCAUGGACAGCCAUAAAGAAGGUAUGGGCUUCGAAAUGGAAUGAGAGGGCGUAUUUCAGCACAAGAAAAGUGCGGCUUGAUCAUGAUUAUCUUUGCAUGGCUGUCCUUGUCCAAGAAAUAAUAAAUGCUGAUUAUGCAUUUGUCAUCCACACCACGAAUCCAUCUUCUGGGGAUUCAUCAGAAAUAUAUGCUGAGGUGGUUAUGGGGCUUGGAGAGACCCUAGUGGGAGCUUAUCCAGGUCGUGCUUUGAGCUUUAUUUGCAAGAAAAAUGACCUUGACGCUCCUCAGGUUUUGGGUUACCCCAGCAAAACUGUAGGCCUUUUUAUAAGGCCGUCUAUAAUAUUCCGAUCAGAUUCAAAUGGCGAAGAUCUAGAAGGCUAUGCUGGAGCUGGGCUUUAUGAUAGUGUCCCAAUGGAUGAAGAGGAAAAAGUUAUCGUGGAUUACUCAUCUGAUGCACUGAUUGUUGAUGGUGAAUUCCGUCGUUCAAUUCUCUCUAGCAUAGCUCGGGCAGGAAGCGCCAUCGAGGAUCUAUAUGGAUCUGCACAAGAUAUCGAAGGAGUCGUGAAAGAUGGAAAAAUUUAUAUUGUCCAAACAAGACCACAGAUGUGAUCAUCAGAUCUCGUUGCUGUUCGUAUUUCUCAACAAACAGCCAAUGGUUAGUUUUCCUGGACU